AUGGCACGAGCCGUAGCCCAGGAGUUCUGGAACCGUGUGCGUGUGUCGGUUGCUGAGCAGGCUGAGAUUAUCCGCACUGACCUUGCCACUAAGGAGUUGCAGUGGAAGAACACGUACAGUGGGCGUAUGAUGUCUCGAGACGAGCUGUUUUCUCUGGGCAAGCACGAGAUACUGGAGAGUAUGGCCCAA